AUGUUGUAGUGGAUCUGGGUGAAGGAAAGCUUGUAUCUGCUGGGGUCCUUGUCUCUCUCAGCUCCUUUGCUUUUAUUAGGCGGCUUUACGGGAAGCUCUUUGCCAUGGCAACCCUCAGCAAUGGCUGCCUCAUAAAAGCCGGCUCUCUCUCUCCCCCUCUGUCUGUCUACCCUUCCUCUGCGACAUGAGCCGCUCCCGGGCUGUGGAAAGAGACGCUGAAGAUGUAGCAAAAAAGCCUUUUUGGUAGGAAUCAAGUUCCAUGGAUAUAAUCCUUUUCCUCUUUUUUUUCUUGUCAGGAUGAGGCACUUUUGGGAAGGACAGGGAGUGGGAUGACAUUUUCGGAAUGAAGUCGCAGAUGCAGGGCAGGGAUUGGACGACUGCAGAGAGUACAGAGAUGUGGGACGUCUUAGAGGAGCCCUCCUCGUGCCCCUCGUGUGGGCGCGAAUUCGACGUACCGCUGCUCCUCCCCUGCUCUCACACCCUGUGCGGGAGCUGCGUGGAGGCGGCGGCGGGCGGGUCCUCCGGCGCCCCCUCCUCCGGCGCCCCCUCCAGCGGCGCGGCGCCCGGGCAGGCUGCCGGUGCGCCCGUCUGCGCCCUCCCCUGCCCCUGCUGCCACCUCCCGGUGGAGCUGCCCUGCUGGGACUGGGCUAGCGCCACCCGCUGCCUGCCCCUCAACCCGACUCUGGCGCGGAGGCCGGGCGCCGGAGAGACGGAGGAAGACCAGGACCGGGGGCGGCGACAGGGUGCGGGGAGAAAGAACGAGUCAGAGGAGGAGACUUUGGGGAAACAGAAGGACCCCAAGACCUGCCUGCAGGCAGAACCCUGCUGUGUAGAUGCACAUGCUCUCCUAGGGCAGGCCACAUUAAAUGAAUACGCUGACUGGCCACAAGGUGGUACUGUAGAUCUGCACGAAGAGGAGAUGGUACAGUCAGUAAGAGGUCUGGUUUUUUCCCUGGAUCCGUCCACGGCUGCCCCUCCCCUCCUUCUCUCUGGCUCCGCCCUCACCGUGACCUUCCAGGGACAGGACCCUCUGGCCCAGGCAACCGGGGCAGCAGGGCUCCCUGUGGCCCUGGAGCACCAGGACCCCAGCCCCCUUCCUCAGGUGUGUGCAGCACUGACCAUCACAAGGGGGCAGUUCUACUGGGAGGUUGAUGUCUGCAACAGCGCCUGCUACAGGAUAGGAGUGAGCUCUGUGGACACCGCGCGCGGAUGGUGGCUGGAGAGGAGGGGCGGUUCCUUCUCUGCGGUGUUCGACGGGCGCAGGGAGCCGCUGCCUGCCGUACCCCCCCAGAUCAAAACCGUGGGGGUGUUCCUGAACAUGGGUGGGGGAGCCCUGAGCUUCCAUAACGCCCUGACUCAAGAGCACCUGGCCACCCUGCCUUCCCGAUUUGGCCUGGGGGUCUGUCCGGCGCUGGGCCUGGGGCAGGGCCGGCUGAGGCUGAGGUGCGGCCUUCCUCCUCCGCCCCACGUCUUCCUCUGCCGCAGCUCGGCCUACCGCUGCCCCGCCGGGGCGGGCGCGGGCCGCUGGCGCCGGGACGUCCGCUUCCACUCCAUCCGAACCUUCAUCCAGAAGUUCGAGGAGCUCUCGGCUGCGGAGUCGGAUUCCGGCCUGGUGUCCAGCUUCAGCUCCUGUUCCACUCUGGCCUCCCUUCCAGACCCAGGCCCCUAGCCCCGGACCAGUGUGCCGUGCUGGGCAGAGAGAUACAGGAAUCAGGACAGGACACAUGGAAGAAGGCUCAAAAUUGACAUAAUGUGGACAAGGACUUGAAAAUCAGUAACACAUAACAAUUAUAUACAGGUGAACUUCUCCCUUGUGGAAGUGUGAAUUGUAUUGGUGAGUAGUUAAGAGGCAUAUUUGCAGUAGUAACCCUUAUGUGCUAGAGAAAAUCCAUUUACAUUUACCUUUUAGGCAAGUAGGAGAUGCUUUUUUCCAGAGCGACAUACAGAGCUUGAAUUCCUUGCAUAAAACACAUUUGUACAGAUGUAUGUUUGCUGAAGUUAACUACCUUGCACUUGUACAACAUCAGUGCCCAACAGGGAAUCAAACCUACAACCUGAGUUGCAGGCCCAGUCCCCAUACGAUUAUGCUUAAACUGCCAUGCACGUGGCGUUCUGCAACUGCAAACUUCAUGCAAUAUUUGACAAAUGACAUGGCCCAGAAUCAGCCAUGUUGAAUUAUGUCUAGGCUAUAUGGCUCAGCCUGUGUUCAGAGCAAGGCUUCACGGUUAAGAUACACAAUUUAACAGAAAACUUUUCAACAAGAGUGUGUGUGUGUUAAGUGUUCAUCACCAACCAUGCACAGUAACACAGAUCACACAUAUUAACAUACACAAGUCCAUACAUGUGCUUACAUACACUUAUGUAGAUACAGACACACACACCUUUCAUCCACAAACUGUUUAGAGAUAGAAGACAUCAUAAUGUCACAAAAUCAUAAUAAUGUAUUGAAUUAGCCCUGUCUACAGAUCCUUUACUGUUCAUUACUAAGUGAAAAAUCUAACAGCGGUAGCUAAUAGCUACCAAGAGGGGGAGGCAAAUUUUUUUUUUCUUCACGAUUAUCCAGAACCUUCUUCAUAAUAAAAAAACAUUUCUAUUAAUUUUUUUGCAUGCCUAAAAGUCCCAUGCAAUCAUUUUAGUAAAAAGACAUAAUUUAACUAAAGAAUCACACUGCACAAAUCUAAAUAAUUCCAUAUAACACAAUGUUAUUGUCAUAAUUAAAAUUAUGUAAUGUAUGGUGGAGGACCGAAUGACAAGGAUGCCACAUUAGGCACACUGAGACAAGAGUCAACUGAGUAAUCCUCACUAAAACUGGCAAGCUUCUUAAUCGUAAAAACAGGUGUGGGGCCAAUGCACCUGAGUUUAAGAUAAGCUCUUUGCCUACCCUAUUCGUGGCAUACUGGCUUCUGCUCUACUGGAUUCAGUCCCCCAUUUCUGUGCAAGGAUCUCUUAAGAAAAUAAAUUGAUAUAAUUACUAAUA